AUGGCCCGAACUGCGGACAUGAGCCGGCCUGAAGAGGCUGAGGUGUUUGUGCGUCGCUCUGGUGUCCAUUUUCUGGCGCCUUCUUUUGGUAAUAUCCACGGAGGAUAUCCGUCUGAAGGGGCGGAGAGAAGGCUUGGGAUUUACCUCGACCAUCCCAUCUCCUUGGGGGUCCGUAAAAUUAACCUGAAUCGCACUGUGCGGGAUGAGUAUUCUGAGUUUGUGGCUAAGAAUGCUGGUGUUUUGGAGUUGACUGCACUCAAGGUGCAAGCUGUGGAGGUAUAUGCGAGGUCGAUGGAGCGAAUGGAUGUUUUGGGCUCGUCCGGGAGAUACUAA